AUGGGGAAAGAUCUCAAAAGUAUGGUGACACGAUGCAUCUACGUCGGGAAAGAGAACGAUAACGUCAAGAAGCUGAAAACCGCAACGGAGGAGCUCAAGGAUCUACGAAGCAAUGUGAUGAAAAGAGUCAAAAUGUACGAGGAUCAGCAAAAGCUGAAACGGCUCGAGAAAGUCCAGGUUUGGCUUAGACAAUCCGACGCAGCGAUCAAAGAGGCUGAAGAGAUGCUGAUGAUGAUGAUGUCUUCUUCUUCUUCGAAUGGAUCGAGCAUGAUGAUGAUGAGUAGUAGUCACAAGACAGACAAGAAGAUUUGCAAGAUGCUGAAAGAGGUUCAGGAGAUAAAGAGCAGAGGAACAUUCGAUGUGGUGGUUGAGAAUAGUGGCAUUGGUAAUGGUGGUGGUGGUGGAUCGAUGAUGAGCUCGACCGUUGAUAGAGAUGAUCAGACAGUUGGACUGGAGGCGGUUUCGGGGUUAGUGUGGCGGUGCAUGACGGUGGAUAACACCGGAAUUAUUGGGUUGUACGGCGUUGAAGGAGUUGGAAAGACGACGGUGUUGACUCAGGUUAACAACAGGUUGCUUCAGCACAAGUUAAACGGGUUUGACUUUGUGAUUUGGGUGUUUGUGUCCAAGAAUCUGAAUCUUGAGAAGAUUCAGGACACGAUUCGAGAGAAGAUAGGGUUUCUUGACAGGUCGUGGACUAGCAAAACGGAGGAAGAGAAGGCCGGUAAGAUCUUCGAGAUACUUAGCAAGAGACGAUUCGCUUUGUUCCUCGACGACGUUUGGGAGAAAGUAGAUCUAGUGAAAGCUGGUGUGCCGCCACCGGACGGACAGAACAGAUCGAAGAUAGUGUUCACGACGUGUUCGGACGAGGUUUGUCGGGAAAUGGGAGCACAAACGAAGAUCAAAAUGGAGAAGCUGCCAUGGGAGAGAGCGUGGGACUUGUUCAAGAAGAAUGCCGGAGAAGAGACGGUGAAGAGCCACCCGGACAUAACCAAGUUGGCUCAGGAGGUUGCAGCCAAGUGCGACGGCCUCCCCCUGGCUCUGGUCACAAUCGGCCGAGCCAUGGCCUCUAAGAAAACACCUCAAGAAUGGCGUGACGCUUUGUACAUCUUGAGUAAUUCUCCUCCCAAUUUCUCAGUUCUCAAGUUACUGGAUAGGAACUAG